AGUCUGUACAAUAUGUAUGUCAAAGGUCAGCCACCAAGUUGAACAUAAGACGAUAAGUUGAAGUUGGUUAGUCGUGUAAUAUUAUACACAAUGUCGUCUAUUCCACAUCUUAAAUAUCAUAUUGAUGAUAAAAAUCUUUUCGAAACAGCAAAAGAUAUUAUUUUACAUGCAAAGCCUAACUGGGAACGCAGUGACAUUAAAUUCAAGGUCUUUGAUGAAGGAAUAACCAAUAAACUUGUAGGAGGUUAUCGAGGAGCCAGUUUUGCACAGGCCAAAGAUGUAGUUCUUAUUCGGGUGUAUGGUGAAAAAACUGAUUUGAUUAUUGACAGAAAUGCAGAAAAGCAGAAUAUGUCAGAGUUGGCUGAGGCAGGGAUGUGUCCCCCUGUCUACGCUACCUUUGAUAAUGGGCUUGUGUAUGGAUUCGCCCCAGGAGUGACCCUGGAUGAGAAAACAGUCAGAGAUGAGACUAUUCGGAAACUUAUUGCAAAAGAGAUGGCGAGACUUCAUACAGUAAACCUGAGACACAUUCCCUGCAGAAAAAGUGCCUUGUUUGACAAACUACGAGAGUGGUUGAAGAUUAUGCCAGACAGUUUCUCGAAUCCCAAGAUGAAUGAAACAUUUAAGGAAAAGAUCUUGAAGAAGGAGGAUUUGGAGAAAGAACUCUCGGAACUUGAAAAAUGUAUAGAAAGCCUAGGCUACCCAGCUGUUUUCUCUCACAACGAUCUACUACUCAAAAAUAUCAUUUAUAAUAAAGAGGAGGGGAAAGUCACUUUCAUUGACCAAGAAUACGGCAUGUACAAUUAUCAACCAUUUGAUAUUGGGAACCAUUUCUGUGAAUAUGCAGGUAUAGGGGAUGUGACAGACUACUCGCUGUAUCCUGACCAAGACUAUCAGCUGCCAUGGAUACGGGAGUACUUGCAGGAGUGGUCCAGACUGACUGGGGGUGCAGAAGUGAUGGACGCCGAUGUGUGGAAGAUGUACUGUGGAGUGAACAAGUGUGCACUGGCAGCUCAUUUUUUCUGGGCAAUUUGGGGACUCAUCCAGGCCAAGUACUCUGCAAUAGACUUUGACUAUCUAGGAUAUGCAAUCAUUAGGUUUGAGGAGUAUUUUGCUAGAAAGAAUGAAUUCCUCUCCCUCCAAUGAAAUUGCCUCUUGAUGCUUUAGCAGCUGAUCUCAUAUAUCGCUACCUAAAUUAAAUCUAUAUGGAUGCUUCAUGCCGCCAAGACAAACUAUAUAUAUCAUCCACCUUUUUGGGUGGAAUUUUUUACAUAGGAACUUCAUUAUGAUUUCAUUAAUAUAUUUUGUGGGUAUUUUUUUUUUUUGAUUCUGUUUUUAUGCAAAAAAAAAACAUAUUGUAGAAUUGAUAAAAUUUGUAUUCAAAUAUAUCAGUAUUAAUUGUAUGAAAUAUUGUACAAUGUAUUAUCAUAAAUUUUUAUCAGAAUUGCAUUUAAUGCAUGUAAAUUGGUAGAAGGGUGCAAGUAUCAGUAUAUAAUCUUCAUUGGGAUUUUAUGAACUAUUAAGGAUAGUGAAAUCUUGUGAGAUGAUAUGUUUUAUUUCAUUAUUGGUAAUUGAGAAAUUCUUGUCAUACAGUACAUGACUUUAAUGCAAAUGUUAGAUUUUAUUUUGUUUUUUAUUCACAAAGUUUUUUACAUUUUUUUGUAAUUAUCUUCAGCUUUUUGUUGACACGCAAAUGAAUUGACCACCUAUAAAUUUAAUAUCAUGAACAAUGAUAAUAUCAGUGAAAUAAGAUACUGUAUAAAUAAAAGCACCACCAUACAAUUAUUAUUUAAAUUUUUUACACCAGAAAUUUAUUAAUUUGAGCCAAUUUCCUUAUGCAAAAUGAAAUGAAAAUAGGUUUCACAUUUCAUUCCUGGGGUAAUUAAUGGACCUUGAUACAUUUUAUGAUAUAGUGUUGAUGUUUGUACAUUGUCAGAUAUUUGCUGAAAUCAAUUGAUAGCAUGUUGUUAACUGCACAAAAGGAUGAUAUCAAGGGUUUUGAACUUGUGAUACUAGUAUGUGAUUUUAAAAAAACUACUCAUUACUUGAUAUUUAUUCAUAAAAGAACUGUUUUCAUUUUGAAUGUUGAGAGUUUAUUGGAGACGACACAUGUUAAUCAGCAUGUAAACUUAAUAUUAAAGUAUCCAUUACAUUGUGUUACGUGAAUCAAACCUGAGGUUUGGCUGUGAUCAUGUUUCUGCCUCCACGCAAAAUUUCUUAACAUUGUACCAGUGGUGUGUUUUAUUAUUUGAUUUCAAAAUAAUUUUAUACUUUAUUGAAGAGUAGUGUUAUAAUCAUAGUUACAUAUACAAAAUGUAUACCCGGUACUAAUAAACUUUACUACAAUCAUCA